UACGUCGGUCGCCCGGGUAACGCGCGUGGGGCCGGGUCCUCAGCAUGAGCGUCCGCGUGGCGCGGGCCCUGGGGGCCUGGGGCUGGGGCGCGGGAGGCAGCCGCGGCGCCUCGAACUUCCGGCCGCCUCCGCCGGGCGCCGUGGACGUGGCCGAGCUGCUGCGAGAUGCGACCACGGCGGACGAGGAGCCCCGGGAGCCGGCGGCGCGGCGGCUGCCCGGCCAGUGCUCGGUGCUGCUCUUCCCGGGCCAGGGCAGCCAGGUGGUGGGCAUGGGCCGCGGGCUGCUGCGCUACCCGCGCGUCCGCGAGCUCUACGCCGCCGCGCGCCGCGUGCUGGGCUACGACCUGCUGGAGCUGAGCCUGCGCGGGCCGCAGGAGGCCCUGGACCGCACCGCGCACUGCCAGCCCGCCGUCUUCGUGGCCUCGCUGGCCGCCGUGGAGAAACUGCAGCACCUGCAGCCCGCGGUUAUUGAGAGCUGUGUCGCCGCCGCUGGCUUCAGUGUGGGAGAAUUCGCAGCCCUAGUGUUUGCCGGAGCCAUGGAAUUCUCUGAAGGUCUGUAUGCGGUGAAGGUCCGGGCGGAGGCGAUGCAGGAAGCCUCGGAAGCCGUCCCCAGCGGGAUGCUGUCCGUCCUCGGCCGGCCCCAGACCAAGUUCACGUUCGCCUGUCUGGAAGCCCGGGAGCACUGCAAGACCCUGGGCAUAGAGGACCCCGUGUGUGAGGUGGCCAACUACCUCUUCCCGGACUGCAGGGUGAUCUCGGGACACCUGGAGGCUCUGCAAUUUCUCCAGAAGAAUUCCUCCAAGUACCACUUCAGACGCACCAAGAUGCUGCCGGUCAGCGGGGCCUUCCACACCCGCCUCAUGGAGCCCGCCGUGGAGCCCCUGGCGCAGGUCCUCAAGGCCAUCGACGUGAAGAUGCCCCUGGUCUCCGUGCACGCCAACGUCAGCGGGAGCAGGUACAUGCACCCUAAGCACAUCCAGCAGCUGCUGGUGAAGCAGGUGGUCUCCCCGGUGAAGUGGGAGCAGACGAUGCACGCCUUGUACGAGAGGAAGAAGGGCUCCGACUUCCCCAGGACCUUCGAGGUGGGGCCCGGGAAGCAGCUGGGCGCCAUCCUGAGGAGCUGCAACCUGCAGGCCUGGAAGUCCUACAGCCACGUGGAAGUGCUCGAGGCCGACGAGGCCGCGGACGAGGACCUGUAGGGUCUCCGAUGACCACGGGGUGGGGUGAGGUGCGGUGGGGGCGGCGGGGGCUGAGCCAGCCUGGCCUCCCCAGAGGAGGCUGUUCCUGCUGCUUCCUGUCCAGCCUCCGCCGCCAGUGAUGGGGAGGGACUGUGUGACGCCAUGUAAAGCACAUAAAGUGAGUAUUUAUACAACACA